CCCCGAAGCCGGCCCGCGCCUGCAGGAGGCGGCCAUGAACAGCGACCGCACCGAGAGCGACUGGCAGGGGCUGGUGAGCGAGUACCUAGUGUGUAAAAGGAAGCUAGAGAGCAAAAAGGAAGCCCUGCUGAUCCUGUCCAAGGAGCUGGACACAUGCCAGCAGGAAAGGGACCAGUACAAACUCAUGGCCAACCAGCUCCGAGAACGCCACCAGUCCCUGAAGAAGAAAUACCGGGAGCUGAUCGAUGGAGAUCCAUCACUUCCCCCUGAAAAGAGGAAACAGGCUAAUCUUGCACAACUAUUGAGAGAUUGUCAGGACCGAAAUAAACAUCUGGGAGAAGAAAUUAAAGAACUUCAGCAAAGGCUUGGAGAAGUCCAGGGCGACAAUAAGCUCUUGAGGAUGACCAUCGCCAAACAGAGGCUCGGAGACGAAGAAAUCGGUGUGCGGCACUUUGCGGCCCAUGAGCGUGAAGGCUUGGUUCAGCAGCUGGAGAGAGCUAAGGAACAGAUUGAGUCUCUGGAGCAUGACCUGCAGGCCUCUGUGGAUGAGCUUCAGGAUGUUAAAGAAGAGCGGUCUUCCUACCAGGACAAAGUGGAGAGGCUCAACCAGGAGCUAAACCACAUCCUGGGUGGGCACGAGAACCGCAUCAUUGACGUGGACGCCCUGUGUAUGGAGAACAGGUACCUUCAAGAGAGAUUAAAGCAACUUCACGAAGAGGUCAACCUCUUGAAAUCUAACAUUGCCAAAUAUAAGAAUGCUCUGGAGAGACGGAAAAACUCAAAAGGCCAGGGUAAAUCCAGCAGCAGUGCUCUGACUGGAGUCCUAUCUGCAAAGCAAGUUCAGGAUCUGUUAUCUGAGGAUCACGGAUGCAGCCUCCCAGCUACUCCACAGUCCGUUUCUGAUCUGAAAUCUCUGGCAACAGCCCUGUUGGAGACGAUCCACGAGAAAAACAUGGUCCUCCAGCACCAGAGGCAGACCAACAAAAUCCUAGGGAAUCGAGUGGCUGAACUGGAGAAAAAAUUAAGAACUCUUGAAGUUUCUGGUUUGUGGAGUCUUCCAGGGGGCAAGGACACCAUACUCUUCACCGACCCUGCUCUUCCCACCAUACAGAGGUCGAGAUCCCCACUGCUGAAGUUUGUUGAGAAGCCCACUGAGAGCAAAGCAAAUCCCAAGGACGGGGAGAUUCAGAAGCAAGAACGAGAUGAAAGUUGUGCUGCUGCUGAGGCGUUGACAGCACCAGAGGAUGCUGGGAGGCCCGCUGUCAACUCCCCAGCAAAUCCAAGCCAGGGGAACCAACGCAAGCACUUUCAUCCUUCAUUACCCCAGUUACCUUCUGAGGAGGAAGAAGUAAACAGGCUUGGAAGGGAGAUAAUGAAACUGACGGAGGAGCAGGCAGCUGCAGAACCAGAAGGGGUCAGAAGGGGGAGUCCCGUGGAGGGUCAGAGGAAGGAGAUGAGGCCACCCCUGCCAGGCCCUGCCUCCGAGGGGGAGUGCCCCAAAUCUUGCCAGGACUCCUUUGAGUCCAGCCAGCCAGUGGCCCAAGCUUCCACCCUGGAAGAUGGCAAGGAGACCACAGAGGGUGGAGGCACGAGGAGCGUGGUGAAAACAUGAAGGGGAAAGGGAUCGGACAUGACAACGCGUCGAAGGCACCAGGGACGGUAAAGAAUGAAGCGUCAGAACAGCUCGCCGAAGUCGCUUUGUCCUAAAACACCUCCAAGUCUGCAAGUGAGAAAAGACACCGAUCCUGAUGCAAACUCUGAAUAUUCUGAUGAUGCCAGCACAGUUUGAUUUAUUAAAUGCGGGUCCUCGAACUUCUCAGCGUCAUCUCUUUCUGCCGAAGACACACUGCUGUGAACAUGGCCAGGAACGGAAUCAUGUCCACCAUAUGGCUGGGUUUUGGCAUCUGUCUUUCUGUCAGCAUUUGUUUUAUUAGAGAUAAGAUGUUUUUCUAUUACCGUUUAAUGUUGUCGAUCAAAAUUAUGGGAAGAGGUUGAAAUGGAUGGAGUUUUUAAUCAGGUCGCCAUCUUUGUAAUGGUUGGGCGGCUGAAGAGAAAGGUGUAAUUGAGCAGAAUGGGUCCAGAGGGCCCACUGCUCCACUUCAUCAUGUCCGGGCCCCGUGGGACCUCCCGGUGUGGGUGUUCUUGGCAUCCUGCCUGCAGCACUGUCUGUCAUGGCACCAACUGGCAGGUGGAAAGGGGCUUGAGCAGUCUCGGAAGGUUGGGCUUCCAGUUUGAAAUCCACAGCCCCUGAUGAGACCUGUUUGCUGACUGCUAGAGCUGCGUUUUCUAGCCUGUAAUUCCAGAAGUUUAAUUGACCUGAAGUGAUGGGAGGAAGGGGACUCCAGUGGUAUUUUGAAUUUUUAUUUCUGAGAUGAGAUGAGUACUAGAACCUGGAAAUGCUUUCCGUUCCACCUGUGCUGCAUAUAGGACUUGAUGACCAUGUGGGGUUUGGGCAAGAUAUAGCUGCUUAGGGCCAAUCCAGUUUUCCCACACCACCUGAAACCUCGGACCCUUCACUCCUCCAACAGAAUGUCAAGGCUGCCUCCACUGUGCUGCCAGGCACUGGGAUUUUAAAGACAAGACACAGAGCUCUUGGCCCUAUAGUGGACCGAGAGAGGAAAACACAGUCACUUCAUUGCAGCCUGGUACGGGGGACUAGAACCAAGUACAAGCUCCAAGGGUGGGAAGGAGGGAGUGCCAACCCUACCUGGGUCUUUCCUUGGGGAUAACACUAGCUUUUCUAGGUGGCAUCUGGCGCUGCAGGAAAUCGAAGGAUCUAACAAUAGACCUUUCUUUGAGCUGAACUCAGUUCAUUUCCCCAGGAAGGCCUGACACCAGAUCCCAAAGCUCAAAGCACCCCUGAAAACCAGAAUCACUCCUUUGAGAGACUCUCCUGGAGGAAAAAGAGGAGCUUCUGAGGUGGCAGAGGUUGAAAAUUCAUCCUAAAAAUCAGAUGCUUAUACCAGGCUUGUGAUCCCAGGCGUGAAACCUGCCCAUGCAUGGCCAGCCCACCUGAUGUGUCCCCGCCGCAUUUCAUCUCCUGGCCUCACUCUGCCAGCAGAGUGGGAGCUCCAUCAGAUUUUGUGCUGUUUCACCCUGAAGGAGGGCAGAGUGCAGACAAGAAGGUCCAGUCCUUUGCCAGAUGCGCACUGUGUGGACCUCCAGCUGUUUUCUUCCCACUCAGCAGAGGUCCCCCGCCAGUGGAAUGGGAGUGUGCCCAAGUCAGUGCUCCAUUGCUCCUGGGGAGCUGGACACACCUUCCGCCCUUGCCCUCCAGGCCCCAAUGCCCCAUUCAUCCCUCUGUGCUCCAGCCUCUCCCCUCUCGCCAGGUCCACCCCCUCCACUUCCCCAUUAGGGAGGCUGCUUCUGCAGCUGCAGAGCUUGCACAGGUCAGCAGCCACAGAAAUAAUCUUCCUGCCGCACUAGGCCUUAACUGUCUGCAAAUGUUCAGUGCUGCUGCAUAUGACGCCGGAGCCACCAAAGGAAAACAUGGCCAGAUUUAAUACAAUAGUAAGAAAAAGAAAAAUCUCUCCCUGCAGAAGCUCUGGUUUUGACACACAGUCAGCCAGGUGCACAUCUUUAGGGCCCAUUCAUCACCUCCUGGAAAGCAGGGCUUAUAAUAAACGCCAACACAUUCCAUCAUGGGCAGGAAAACUGCCAUGAGUCCCAAAGAGUCUGGGGUUCAGGGCGGGGAGGUCAUAGGGAGCCAUAACCUAAACUCUGUGUGUGCAGUCAGCCCGGGAGGGUUCUGUGUUAUUAGAUGAAAUUGGAGCCAAUGAGUUGAUCCUGUCACAUAUGUAACAUUGACAAUGCCCCAUACACGCAUGUAACACUGUCCCACGUCUGCUAUCCCAGCCCAACAUAGUUUUUCUGUUCCACAGACAUUAAAGAGACUUUCGGCAAUUA